AAGUGCAACGUGCAGGACAACAAGCAUUAAAACCAGCUAAAACAUUUACGCAGAGCUAGGAGCUAGCCAAGAGCCUACUACACCUUGUCAGGUAGCCAUGGAACCCGACGUCGAUGAGGUGGUGUUCGACGCCCCGGGUUACUUCCGUAUCUACAAGAACGGCAGGGUAGAUCGUUUCAACGAACCAGUGCUCGUGGCCGCGGGCGUCGACGACAGCAGCGGCGUCUCCUCCAAGGACGUCGUUCUCGACGCCGACACCGGCCUCUCCGUGCGUCUCUUCCUUCCCAACCGCCAUGGACCUUGCGGCGAGAAGCUGCCCGUCCUCGUAUACUUCCACGGCGGCGGGUUCAUCAUCGGGUCGGCGAAGUCCGCCAUGUACCAUAACUACCUCACCGCCCUCGCGUCUGCGGCCGGUGUCCUCGCGGUGUCAGUCGACUACCGCCUGGCGCCCGAGCAUCAGCUCCCCGCGGCCUACGACGACUGCUGGGCUGCGCUCCGGUGGGCGGCCUCCGCGCGGGACGGCUGGAUCGCCGAGCACGGCGACGCAGGCCGCGUCUUCGUCGCUGGCGACAGCGCGGGCGGCAACAUCGUGCACAACGUGCUGAUGAAGGCGUCGUCCGCGGACAAGGGCGCGCCGAGGAUCGAGGGCGCGGUCCUGCUCCACGCCUUCUUCGGCGGCAGCACGGCCAUCGACGUGGAGCCGGAGCGCGCGGUCGCGAUAACGAAGAAGCUGUGGUCGUUCGCGUGCCGCGACGCGGCCGGCGGCGCGGACGACCCCAGGAUAAACCCGACCGCGCCGGGCGCGCCGGCGCUGGAGUGCCUCGGGUUCUUGUUCGGCCGUACUCCGGCGGGAGCGCCGCCUCGGUCGCAACUGUGCCACCGUGGCAUGUUGAUGGGUGGAAGACAGGUCUGUGGCCGUCGAUCUUAUGAUGGGUGGCUAGGAUUAGAUCUUAGUUUACCCUUUCGUUCCAUCGAGGCUAUGCCGUUGGAUUGGGAUCGGGCGUAUGAGAUUCCAUCGCUAGUGUUUUAAAUCGUGAUCGUAUCCUUUUGAUCCAACGGUCUGUGUUGCGCACCGAUUCACUUAUAUGGGGAUCUAAUCUGGGCCGCCCACACUUGAUCGGAUGGCACAGAUUGGCGCGUACCCCUUUGGCCUGGCCAUCUUUCAAAAGAGCCCCUACUGUUUUAAGCAAUCAACCCGCAGUACAGGUCGGUAAUAAAAUAAUUACCAGAGGGUCCUAGCAUUUGCAUAUUCGACCCUGGGCUUCCGGAGAUUUGUGGCCGCAGUCCAAGUAACUCAGAAAUCUAUUAAAUUUAAUACAGAAAUUCUUUUUAAUGCAAAAUAAUGUCCCAAACUUAGGAAAUUCAUAACUUGAUGAA